CAGGUUGACUCUUCUCGCGAUAUUUCUCAGGAGGCGAAGGGGGUAAAAAAAAGAAGCUGCGAUGCUAAAGGUUUGUUAGCCUUGUGUACUGACAGUUUCGCGUCUGGCUGGAUGGAGGAGAAAACGCCUCACCGUUAUUAAGGAAGGGUUUCCAGAGACUGGGAGCACUUCCUGCAGUCAUCCUCCCCUGUCGUCAUCCUCCUCCUCCUCCUCCUCAGAGUGGAUUUGAAGAUGUAGCCAAGAGUGAAGUGGAUCAUCUCUGCAGUCCCCAGGCAUAGUCAGUGACUUCUCACCCCCACCCUCUGCCAGCCUAACUCUGGGGCACUUUGGCCCCUAACCAGGGCUGCCCAGUGCGUGACUCAGCCGUCCCCAGUCAGUCCGUCCCUGGUUGAAGACCCUGCUGUCCUCAGCCAUGCUGUUCUCCCUGAGGGAACUGGUCCAGUGGCUGGGCUUUGCCACCUUUGAACUCUUCCUCCACCUGCUAGCGUUGCUGGUCUUCAGCAUGCUGGUUGCUCUGCGAGCCGACAUGUUCACCCCUACGCUGAGCUGGUGGCUGGUGUUCGUCCCGCUGUUCGCCGCCGACGGCCUCAGCACCUACUUCACGGCCAUCGUGUCGAUCCGUCUGUACCAGGAGAACGAGAAGCGCCUGGCCGUGCUGCGGCUCCUCUGGGUGCUGACCGUGCUCAGCCUGAAGCUGGUGUGCGAGGUGCUGCUGUGCCAGAAGCUGGCGGAGCAGGAGCAAGCCAGGGACCUGUGGUUCGGCCUCAUCGUCUCGCCGCUGUUCAUCCUGCUGCAGCUGCUGAUGAUACGGGCGUGCCGCGUCAACUGAGGGAGGGGGGGGCAGUUAGCGGGUUGUGCUUUCAUGUCAGGAACAUGGAGCAAUCUUCCUCUGCCAAUAGAGAUUUAAAGCAUAACAACAGUGUAAUUUCUCUUUGGGCUCAUUGCUACCUUUUUUCUUUUCUGUUUUUUAAAUACACAUGUUCCAGGUCUCACCA